CCAAGAUGGCGGCCAAAGCACGCAUGCGCAGUAUGAGUCGUUGCAGAUUUACUUCCGGUGGCAGAUUUGGAUGGCAUACAUUUGUCCUGCACGUUGACAUUGGGUCUGUACCUUCUUGUACUGGACAGGAUGGGAUCUUCAAUUUCCUCACCUGCUGCUCCUACAGUUCGUGCAGAGGCGAUGAUGGCUGCCCCUCCCCAAGGUUGUCCUAUGCACAAAGAGGAUCACCCUGUUAAAGUCCCUCCGCCAUCAGAAUGCCCCAUGCAUCAAGCACAGCCUGUUGUCGUGUCUCCGCCAUCAGAGUGUCCGAUGCACAAAGCAGAAAGCGGUCCAGCUCACCAAGAUCGAGCCUAUGACUUUGUGGAGUGUCCCAUGAAAGCCGCAACAGGCUUGAAUAGUGACAUCGACCCGACAAACAUGAUGCCUCCUCCUAACCAAACGCCCGCUGUGGACCAGCCGUUCCAGUUGUCCCUCUCUCGAGAGGAAUCCUCCAUUCCACGCCAUGGCGCAGAGAAGAACUGGGUGUACCCGUCUGAGCAGAUGUUCUGGAAUGCCAUGCUGAGGAAGGGGUGGCGCUGGCGUGAUGAUGAUCUUGCCUCUGACGACAUGAACAACAUCAUCAAGAUCCACAACAAAAACAACGAGCAGGCCUGGCAGGAGAUCUUGAAGUGGGAGGCCAUGCAUGCUGGAGAAUGUCCAUGUGGUCCAACCUUGAAGAGGUUUGGCGGUAAAGCCAAAGAAUACUCCCCUCGUGCUCGCUUACGCCACUGGAUGGGCUAUGAGCUUCCCUUCGACCGCCACGACUGGAUCAUCGAUCGCUGCGGGAUGGAGGUGCGCUACGUCAUCGACUACUACGACGGCGAGAUCAACAAAGACACGUACCAGUUCUCCAUCUUGGACGUGCGUCCAGCCUUUGACUCUUUAAACGCCGUGUGGGACCGCAUGAAGGUGGCCUGGUGGCGCUGGACCUCCUGAACGCCGCCCAUCUGGCUUCUUUUUGCUGCGUGUGAAACAUCACAGCUCGUAAGAAACGCAACCUCAACCAAUCACGUCAUUUGGACUCGUUUGAACCGCCUAGUUCUAUUUAUUGCGUCAAAUGUGGGCGGUCCUUUCUCUCCAAACAUUUCAGGUGCUGACAUUCAAAAAGAAAAGCUUGUCUUCACAGCAGGGUGCUGUUGAAUAAAGAACAAGAGCAUCAGGUCUUUUGCUGUUUAUAUCGACAUCACUUCUGAUACCAAUAUUGGAGCCUUGAGUAUUGGCCAAUACUGAUAUUGACAGGAGACAAACAUACUUGUAUUAUUGUGUAUGUUUCAGCAAGUGAAAUGAGUCAUAGGACAGUGGUAGGUAAAAAAACCCAUCAACCUAUUUAUUAUUAACCGUCUGGAAUGGACUUAUGCUGUUUUUAAGUUAAAGUGGAGUGGGAAUUGUUUAUUUUUUGGUGACUAGUGGCCACAAUAAUUUGUAAAGUUAAGCCCUUGGUGCAGUAAGUCAAAUGAUGCGGACACGUUUGUUACUGGAUACUUUCUAAUAAGCAUCUGCCUUGGAGAUUGUAUGUGGAAGUAACAUGCAACUGUAAUUAUAUGAAACUUGCUUAUAUUGACAAAAAGUAGACUGCAAUAUUGUUUAAUUAUUACAUUUGUCUAACUUGUGCGCUAUUGUGUGCUUAGUUGUUGUGUAGCUGCUAGCUCCUACAGCUUAGCAUGUUUAGCUUUUGUUAAGUACUUGACUAAAAUAUAAUAAAUUGUGGUGUUUAUUGGAAGAAAUUUAGACGUUGACUUUGCACAAGUAAACACUGCCGGACCACUUGCAUCGCACAUGAUAUCACACGCAAGUCAUCAUCAUCAUCGAAGCGAGUAUGACGAUCCUCCUGGUAGGGGGGUAUCCCUUUAUGGAGGAUGCCUGUGCGUGACUUUGUUUAACGUGGGGAGACUAGUGCACAGACAUUCACCACAUGAUCCUUGACGGAUCCGGGUCAGGGUCCAGUGGCAUGGAGUCCAAGACGACUGGGGACCCUUUUCUGCUGCAGCCUUCAUCCGCCAUCCUAGCCGUUGUGAUGCUCCAUAGGGUUAGCAAUCAUCCUCCGCCUGUUCCACUGUUGAGGCCUCUGGUUGUUAUUUCCCCAUAACUGGGCCCGCAUAGAUGUGGGGGUGCCUUCUUCCGCCACACACAUGCACGUAAACACGCUGCGGGACCGCUUGUAUCGCACAUGAUAUCACACGCAAGUAAACACGCUGCGGGGCCGCUUGUAUUGCACAUGAUAGCAAACACAAAUAAACACGCUGCAGGACCGCUUGUAUCUCACAUGAUAUCACAGGCAAGGAAACACGCUGCAGGAAUGCUCGUAUCGCACACGAUAUCACACACAACUAAACAUAUACAAGCUUGUAUUGCACAUUUUACAUGCAAUCCGAGAUCAUUCCAUUCUUGUUUUUUUGACCGAUAUCAAAUACCGAUAUCGGAACACCCCUACAAAGUAUGCCGUCAGUAAUCAUAUCAUUGGGAGUCAAUAAACUUCUCAUCCUU